UCGAGUAUUGGAAAAGGGCCCUGGAUCAUUGGCUGAAUUAGAUCAAGGAACGUUUAUUUGCUGUUCCUGUUCCUGACAGGAUUUGUUGAAUCUAUACGCUGUUAGUGUUCAUAGUUUAGGGGUCUUGCUUUAUGUUUGAUUAUUUGACAGAUCUUUCUAAAGUUGAAGCUUUAUCUCAGCGUGCUGAACCAUGGCCUUGUCCGGUGCUCGCGGUGUGAGUUCUCUCCUCAGACUUGCGACAUCUGCUGUCGCUAGACGGGUUUUGAUUGCCGGUCAGAAAUUGUCACCGUGUGUGUCCAGCAAACUGCUCGUGCCUGAUGGGCUUGGGAAAGGAUCAAUCUGGGCUCCAAGCAGGAGUGCCACACCAUUGGGUGUGCUUUUUGGAAGAAGUUGUCAGACAGAUGCCCUCGGUACAGAGCUGUUGCACAACAAUCGGUUGGUGUUGCCGACGAAAUGACCGAGUCCUCGGCCCGAGAUGCCAAGGCGGAUCCCAAGGUGAUGAAGCGCCCCCACCUCUACCGCUUCAUCACCGAGCUGAAUCACCGGAAGGCGGACGCAGGCUACAGCAUCCAGUCCGCCUCGCACAUGCUGGAAAACCACUCCCUGCAGGUGGUGUGGCGCGAUGGGGAGUCACAGGCCUACCCCUACAUGUGGCUGCGCGACAACUGCCUAUGCAAGCAGUGCUACAAGCCAUCCCUCAACUCCCGCACCUUCAGUUUCACCAGCCUGGACGUGGAGAUGAUACCCAUCUACGCCCUGCCUAGCGAUGAUGGGAAGUCCCUGCGUCUGACCUGGCCUGACGGUCAUUCCGGGGAGUAUCCAUCGGAUUGGUUGCGACAGUACCGCUUUGAGAACUCUGCACCCGAUGUGACCUUUGACUCCCAGCUCCAGCACUGGGACACCACCCUGAUGGACAGUGGCACACUGCGCAUCUUCAAUUUUGAGGACCUGAUGUCCAGCGACGAGGCAGUCUAUGAGUGGCUGAUGGAAAUGAAGUUGACCGGGAUAUGCAUGAUUCGGGGCAGCUCUAGGAUGGAAGGUCAGGUCAAACGGCUUGGCGACAGAGUGCUGUUUUUGAGAUCAACUUACUAUGGCCAAACUUCACACGUGUUGGUGAAGUACAAUGCGACCAACAUAGCCUUCACCGGUAAAGCAUUCCCCAUGCACACUGACUUGGCAUUUCUGCAAAGACCACCAGGAGCCCAGAUGAUCCACUGCAUUGAGCAGGCCGAGGGUCCGGGUGGCGAGAACUGGUUCACCGAUGGCUUCAAGGUGGCCCUCGACCUAAAAGCCGAGGAUCCCGAGGCAUUCCAUCUGCUGUCCAACAUUCUGCUUGAAUUCCAUGACAUUGGGGAGGACGUGUUUGGGCGAUUCCACCAGCACUCCAGGCACCCAACCAUAAGCCUGGACAGAAGCGGCAGCCCUGAUCACAUCUAUCUGAGUGACCACGGCCGCAUGCCGAUGAUGCGUUUCCCCGUCAAGCAAACGCAGAAACUCUACCAGGCCCUCAAGAAAUUCAGCAACAUGUACCACCACCCUAAUAACGUCUUUUCCUACAAACUGAAAGAAGGCGACAUCAUGACCUUUGACAACCGGCGUGUUAUUCAUGGGCGGGGCGCCUUUGAGGUCACCAGCAGCAGCAGUCGCCAUCUUGAGACCGGCUACCUGGAAUGGGACGAGAUCGACUCCCGCCUUCGUCUCCUGCAGCGCCAGUUCAUGGAAGGCAUGUGAGCCGUGACCUUUGACCUCUUGUGCGUGAUUUAUCCAACAUUAGCUAUAACUCGAGCGUUCUUCUCAGAAGAUCUCUUUUUUUUAUCAUGGAACUGAGGUCUUUUCUAAACAUUUAUAGACUUUAAUGAUAUUUGAACGUUAAAAUGAGCACCAGUUAAACACACAUUCCAAGACAUUAAUAUACAUCACUUUAUCCAUGUGUAUGAUUUGGGGGAAAACAUUUUUGGUGAUAAACCCAAAACAAAAUGUAUGCUAAAGUGUAUUUUCUGGAGUUGUCACUUUGAAUUGUCAUCCUUUUAAAAGAAAUCAAUGCCCAUUCCUGAAUUUUAAUGAACCAUUUGAGUUUCUUAACACUAAUGCAGUUAAUAGAAUGCUCUGCAUGACAGUGACUGUGGGAUUCAGUGUACUAGAUCAAAGAUGCUUACGUUUGCUCUAUGAAUCGUAUGUGCACUUAAAUUUGUAAACAUUAUGCAGAUUUGCAUUGGUGUAGACAAAUUUAUUUUUACAAAGUUUGAUUUUUGCACAAAUGAAAUAAUUUGUCAUGCUUCAAAGGAACUAAAGAGCCAUGAUCAAUAUAAAUUCUUGGAACGAAUUCUAAAUCUUGUUCAAAUGGUAAAAGCUUGACACUUCUGGAUGAUUUUUUUUUCAAAAUAAGGUAGUAUGCUAUGAGUAAUAUUUUUUCUCAGUGUGGAAUAGAACGCGGUACUGUGUCUUUGUUACAAAAUAACUAGUUGUCCUGCCUGAAAGAGACAUACUUUUAUGUACCGUGGAGUUUAUAUGACAUACUGUGGAUGGAAAAGUUCAGUCAAAACAAGCAUGGUAGAUGUGUAUUUCUAUCUGUAAACUGGCCAACAACUUUCUGCCAAACCUCAUUAGGGUAAAAAAAGACACCCAUUUCUGAAUUUCUUGCUCUUGACUUUUAUUAAUAGACAAAAAACUAUUGGUAGUUGAGACAAAAGGCUGCUUCAAAUGACGAUGUCUUCAAUCAAUAAUUUAUUUAUAAGCUUUGCUGUUUUAAACAGCGAUACGAUAAUGUGUAAUUGUAGACAGUACUGUAAUUUUUCUAUUUUUCAUGCAGGUUUUGGUGAAAAAAUCUAAGUAAACUGAUAUCCAAGAUAUCUAUGAAACGGUUUUUUUGUUUUGCCAUAUAAAAAGAAACAAAUCUUAAAGUUUCUUUUAUUCCUGGUGCGUGGUCGAACCAUGUUGUAAAAAUUUAAAAUAUUUUGUGAGUCUAUGUAAGUGCAAUUCUAGACCGAGUGGAAUGAAAUUUGAAAUGCCAAAACAAGGCAGCCAAAUUAUCUAUUGGUGACGUGAUGUAAACAUACUGUGGUAUUGUGGUUGAAGCUACUCCGAUAAAAAGGCCUCAGACAUGCAGUCAGAACAAUAAACAAGAUAAUACGCGAUGUCAGCAAACUUCCCUCAAGGAAAUUAAAGGCACUAAACUUCUGGGAUGUUCAGUUCAUGUUUACUUGAAACUGAGAUUAAUAUUUGGCUCAGUCUUAGGUUAGCUCUCACAAACUCUUUAAUCAAGCUGUGUUGUCAUGAACUGCAUACUUUAGAAAAGUGUUUUCCUUGUGUUAUUUGUAUCGUGUUGUUAAUGUGAUAAAAUGUGAUAUAAUAAAAUGUAAUGUUUAUCGAGUGAUAAAAAUCGGAAAUAAAAUUUCCUUAAUAAAGUAUCCAGAACCCCUUUUUUGGCUUAAAUCGA